UUCUUUGCGGUGGCUCAAGAUGGCGGCGCUCAAUGGCGCCGUGAGUGAUUCGGAAAGCAGCAGCAGCAGCAGCGACGGGGAGCAGCUGGCACGGUGCCGGGAAGCGGCGAUGCCGGCCUGGGACUUGAAGAAGGGCCCGCAGGAGGCAGAGAAACCAAGAAGCGGUGCUGCAAAUAACCAGUUGCGAGCCUCCCAGCCAAGCCUCAGGUAUCAUGCCCUUUGGGUUCAUUCAGCAAACCUUGUUGAGGUCCUUUUGUGUUGUAGGCACAAGGUGGAUGAGCACGAACAAGAUGGCAAUGAGCUUCAGACCACCCCUGAGUUCCGAGCCCACGUAGCCAAGAAGCUGGGAGCCCUACUGGACAGCUUUAUUAUCAUCUCAGAAGUAGCAAAGGAGCCAGCAAAAACUGAAGUACAGAAAGUCACCUCAGAGGAUGACGGCUUCCGCCUUUUCUUCACGUCCAUUCCUGGAGGCCCUGAGAAGGAAGCUUCUCCCCCCUCCCGCCGCAAGCGACAGCCUUCCAGCUCCAGCGAGGACAGUGAUGAGGAGUGGCAGAGGUGCUUGGAGGCAGCUGUGUCGAUAUCCGACUUUCUCCAGGAGUCAGACAUCCACGGUCCUGUCAGGGAGGAGAAGAAGGCAAGAAAGAAAAGGAAGUCGAAAAAGAAAGCAAAGAAGGCUGCCAGGGUCGACUCGGCUGUAACCACCGCUGUCAAAACCAAUGGCGCUAUGGUCCAGAAACAGGAGAAGGAGUCAGGCAAGCCCAACAGGGACCAGAUGCUGUUUGGGAUCAAAAAGAAAAAAAGAAAGAAAAAGGCCAAGAAGGCCAGUGAGGCAUCUCUGUUCCCACCAGCAAAGAGAGCCACAGCUGUACCUGCAAACUGACCAUCUGUGGGCACAGGGCCCAACUAAUUCUGAGGACAAGGUACCCCCUGCAGAUGAGGGAUUUUCAAGCCCCACCUCCCUUUCUGAGUUCAAGGACUUGGCUGGCAAGACUGGCUCUGCCCACAAGAGCCUGAUCAUCAUGGGGGCUUGCGCAAGAGUCAGGGCAAAGAAGUGGCUGUAGGGCAAGAAGCCUAAGCAAGGCUUGCUGCUCUGUGUCCUCACAGAGGGUUGGGGCACACCUGUGGUUCCAGAACAUUCCAUGGCCUCAUGGAAGAAGGAGCCUUUCAGUUAUUCAAGACUAGUGACUAUAUGAUGAAGCUUCUAUCUCUCCACAACUGUUAGGUGGGCAGAGGAAAAAAAACCUUUCACCUUCCAAGCCACCUUUUUAGCCUGCUCUAAGAAACAGCCUUCAGAAAAUGAGAGAAGGGAUCCCCAAGAUGCCAAGGUGCAGAGAAACUUUUGUUCUUCUCCCCUUAACCCAUGUAGAAUUGAUAGAACUGCCUGAAAAAAGGAGAGAGAAGUUUACCCCCUAAUUUUCCAACUUUUCUUUGUCUACAGCUGUGAAUAUACCAUACAUGAUGAUGUCUCAGCCUAACCAGAUUAUCAAAAAUAAACUGCUGAGGGGCCCAAAACAAAACUUAGAGUGAUUUGGGUGUUGCCUCCCUGUCAGUGCUGAGCCUCGAGACAUUUUAAACAUCAUCCUCCUGCCUGCCUCCCUCGGAUAUGUUCCUUCACCCCAGCUUCAAGGCUUCAGGAAGUCCUUAGCCCUUGUGGACUAGGUUUCAUGCAGCAAGGGUAUUCUGCAAGACAGAAUAAAGUGGAAUCUGGCUUCAUUGCCUUCAUGGUCGGUUUCAACAGAGCAAGAGAAGCAAAGACCUGAGGUGGGCAAGUGUGUGCGCUGGGACCUGCCUCUCUCCAUAGGCCCCUUGCCUGCCUCAACCUCCCUCUGACUGUCCAAGCCCCAUCUGGGUGAUUUGUGGACAAGCAAGAAGUUUCCAGUACAUCUUUCAUUGACUUUACUAAAAGUUAAGUAAACAUACAGGCUCGCCCUUGGCUGGCUACAAGCCAUAGGGGCUGCUGGUUC